ACCGUAAAAAAACAUUUCGAGUGAACGCCUCCCUCUCGUGAGCUCCGCGUCUGACUCUCAAAACAAAAGCAGACGCAAAUCCCGUGGAAUUAAUCCAUCACAAAUGCAGAGCAACAUUCACCACCACAGCGCAUCUCCUAAUGAAGGUGUACGACCAGCCACGCGCGUGCUUUUGUUCGGGCGCGAGUGUUUCCAGCGGGUGUGAGGUGGCACCGAGCGGGGACGCGGAUCUUUGUAAAUGAAUAAGAGAUGAACGCGCCAGGAUCCAGACUGGCACGCCGCGCGCACGGACGCAGACCGACACUGCGCAGUAAAGCUGCUCUGGGUUUGGUUCUGGUUGGUUCGGUCGGCUCGUGGUGCCUCUGAGACGGAUGUUUUAGGAGGAAGAAGCUCUCUGGAGCCGCACAGAGGCCCUCAGCUGCGCACAUCAGCUGUUCCGAGCAUCUCCCGUGUGUUUAUUUCUGCCGUCUUGAGUUCUUCAUCAUGUUUAUUUGACGGUCACAUUUAUCCUACAUUUACAUCCGCCGGUAUCCACUGACCAAACCUCAAUGUGGAUUCUCACCAUCUCAACUCAUCUCCUGGACCCCAAGACAAAGCGGAGAUUGGGUUUCUCAUCCAGUUCUCUUGGAUACUACAUAAGGACAGUAGAGAUCCAGCCUGCAUUAAACAAAAGGAAGUAGCAAUGCCCAAAGCAGAUAAUUUGGACUGCAACUCUGAGAAUGUUUUUGUAUUCAGCUCAUUUUUGCAUUUCAGUGCUUUUAUUCCUCUGAGACUCUUGAGUGUGGACCUUUGAGAGUCCCGAGGAUUCUGUUUUCAUUUUAUUUUCUGGAUUAGAUGCAUAUUUGAUACCUCAGUGGCAUAAACUCAAGGAUAUUUCAGAAGUGGGUUGUAUAAUCGUCUUAUUAGAUGCCAAUCCCUACUUCCAGAGAACUUGGAGAAGGAGAAAAUCUCACUAGCUUGUGCUGUGAGUGGGUUUGUUGACCCGCUUGGGCCUGAACCCAAAUCUAAACCUUAUUUUAAGGUCAUUUGGCGUGCAGAAUCAACCUCUGCUUUUCCUCAAAGAUAUGGAAAUGAACUUUUGAGAGAUCUUGCUGGAAUUGGACGCUCUUUGAUUAGAGUUGUGAAGGCCCAGCAAACCUUCUAAUCUUCAGGAUUAGGUGCGUUUAGGAUACCUUGAUGUCCAAGAUUGUUAAUAAUGUUGAAAGUCAGAUAUUUAUACUUAUCAUGAUAGAUGCCACCAGCAUUUGCAGAAAGCUUAAUGAAAGAGGAAACUUCGAACCACUAGGGUAAUGGAACCCAAAGAACCCAAAUCUCAACAAUUUGUUAAGACCAUUUCCCACUCAAAAACACUUUGAAUACUUUUGAAUGAUCUAAUUGAGCAAUGUUGAAAGUCAUGUAGAUAUAGGCCAGCAGUUUUAGACACUUCCAGAAAGCUUAAUGGGUGAGGAAACGUCCAACCACUAAGGAUUGUUAGAAUGACCUGGGAAUUAAACGAGCUCGUUAUGAGCUCCACCAUUCCUCAAAGACUUUGACAAUAAUCUUCUGAGAGAUCAGAUUGGGAAAAUUGACUUUUGGAAGCCCAGCCAACUCUCGAUCUUCUGGAUUGGAUGUUUUUAAGAUACUUUGAUGUAGUAAACCCAAGAUUGUGAGGAAUUUUGGAAGACUCACCAUCUUAAAUGCCACCACCACUUCUUGGGAACUAGGAAGUAGGAUUCGUUAGGGCUUUUUGGGCCCAAAUCCUCUCCCCUUUUUUCCAGCCACACAUUCCUUCCCUCCAUCUCAUCUCGACCUCCACAAUUGGCCUCUCGCUGGCCAUGAAAAUGUUCUGUUAACCGAUCAGCAUUUAAGAAAGCAAGCCUAGCUCCACCCUUUGGUACCAAACUGUUGUGCUUGAUACCCUUAUGAAAGGGUUAGGGUUAGAUUUAUUUUGGAACUCCUGACAGUGGACUAAUCACCAUUCGUAAAACUAGGUUCUGUACUGAGACAGUAACUUGAGCUCAUUUUCAUUCAUUGUCUUCAGGAUUGUAUGUUUUUAAGAUAUCUCAAUGUUUUAAAUCCAAGAUUGUGAGGAAUUUUGGAAGUCAGAUACUCACCAUCUUAAAUGCCGCCACUACUUCUUGGGAACUGAAGGAAGGAGGCAACUUACACCAAUAAGGGCUUGUUAGCGAUUUUUGGGCCCAAAUCCCCUCCCCUUUUUUGGCCAUUUGGCACCCAUUUCUUGGCUCCAUCUCAUCUCGACCUCCACCAUUCGACCCUCGCUGGCCACGGCAGUCCUCCCUCCCCGCUCCCGCCCCCACCCUCCCCCUCCUCACCACCCUCCCCCUUCCCCCCACCACACCCCCCAUCCCUCCACCCAGGUCACCAUGGCGACAGGCACCACCACCACUGCCCGUGAGCAUCUCCUGGUGGUGCGGAGGCGCAGCCCACACAUGCGCUACACCUUGAGCCCGGAAAACCUCCGCAGCCUUUCGGCGCAGGGUGGAUCUGGAGGAGGAGGCUCUAGAGGUGGAGCACCCGAACCCAUGGGCCUGCAGCGGGCUAACAGUGACACCGAUCUAGUGACAUCGGACAGCCGUUCCUCCUUAACAGCAUCUACAUACCAGUUCACACUAGGGCGAGGGCAAAACCUGGUCAUCUCUUGGGACAUCAAGGAGGAGGUGGAUGCCACUGACUGGAUUGGGCUCUAUCACAUUGAUGAGACGUGUCCUGCUAAUGUUUGGGACUCGAAGAACCGCGGGGUGAACGGCACUCAGAGAGGGCAGAUCGUCUGGAGGCUGGAGCCCGGACCAUACUUUAUGGAGCCUGAGACCAAAAUCUGCUUUAAAUAUUACCAUGGAGUGAGCGGAGCACUGAGGGCCACGACACCCUGCAUUACUGUCAAGAACCCUGGAGUUACUGUUGGGGCAGAGGGGCAGGUGGAUGGACAGUCUGUCACUGAACACUGCAGGAAAUUGGUCAGCUUUACAUUAUCAGAUAUCAGGGCUCAGGGUCUGAAGAAGGGCAUGUUUUUUAAUCCGGACCCGUAUCUAAAAAUGAGCAUCCAACCAGGCAAGAGGAACGGCUUCCCCACGUUCAGCCACCACGGCCAGGAGAGACGAACUUCCAUCAUAUCCAACACCACCAACCCUGUGUGGCACGGAGAGAAGUACACUUUUGUUGCACUGAUGACAGACGUUUUGGAAAUCGAGGUCAAGGACAAAUUUGCAAAAAGUCGCCCGAUCAUCAAACGCUUUUUAGGUCAGCUGAUAAUCCCGGUGCAGAGACUGCUGGAGAGACACACAGCCGGGGAUCAACAUGUGAGCUACACACUUUGUCGUCGACUACCAACAGAACAUGUGAGCGGACAACUUCACUUCCGAGUGGAGAUCACCUUCAACGGGCAUGAAGAUGCCAUGGGGUCUCUGCUGGGAGCCUCCGCUAUGAAUGGAGAUCCUGGGAGCCCAUCGGACGACGAAGACGUUCUUCAACCUGUGUCCCGCAUGGUCAGGGGCCCGUCGCCCACAGGCUCUGAAGGGUCUCUGCAUGGUGAUGCUUUUAGGCCUGAUGAGUGCAUGAUGGACCCUGAAGAGGAUCGGCUCUUGAGAGACGGAGCCCCAGAUCUGGCUGAAGGGGCCCCGGCUCAUACUCAUCGCCAGUCCUCGCUUAAUGACUACCUGGAUGCCAUUGAGGCCCCCAAGCCCCCUGGGGACAGACCGCUCGGGGCCUCCUCUCCUAAACUACGCUCAAGUUUCCCCACCGACACGCGGCUCAAUGCAAUGUUACAUAUAGACUCUGAUGAAGACGAGGAAGGACACGCCUCCCGGGACACUGCAUUGACCAAUGGAAUGCCGCGGCCUGAAGGACACGCCUCCUCUGAAAGAGGCAAAGGGGAGGUGCAUGUGAAGAACAGGGAAAGGCUUGAGUCAGAAGCGGCGAGCAGUGCUACAGAUACUGAAGCCACAGCAUCAGUGUCCAGCAGUGGCACCACCAAGAGCCAAAAUGGCGGAGGUGCUGAAGGCGGUCAGGAAGGAGCAGCUAUUUCUGGAGGCUUGACCCAAAGCAUCAGCAGCUUUCAGCAGCCAGCUCUUCGAAUACAGGAUGAGGAAGGAGCUGCUCCCCAGGCAUCCUCCAGGACUGAAGGAUCAUCAGAGGCUCCUGCAGUCUCAGAGGCCUCAGCGUCUGCCAUUUAUACAGUGAAUGAAGUGGGCGGAGCCACAGCCACAAAUCAGCCAGAACGUAUGAACUCCAGUGAGAUGACCAAUCAGGAAGAGGAGGAUGAAGAAAUCUGGCAGAGGAGGCGGAGUCUGCAGGCAUCAGGGAACGAAUCACAGGCUGAAGCGAUGGAAUUAGGCAAUGAAGUGAGGAGAACGGCAGAUGAAGCGCAGGCUGCUUUGAUAACAGAUGGAGAGACAGGCGCUUGUGCUCAAGUGAACGGCCACCAGCCGAUGCGCUCUCUUCCUUCAGUUCGGCACGACAUCAGCCGCUAUCAGAGAGUGGACGAGCCUCUUCCUCCAAACUGGGAGGCUCGUAUUGACAGCCAUGGCAGGAUUUUCUACGUGGAUCAUGUGAACCGAACCACGACCUGGCAGCGUCCCACGGCUCCACCUGCACCUCAGGUCCUGCAGAGAUCAAACUCCAUUCAGCAGAUGGAGCAGCUCAACCGCAGGUAUCAGAGUAUCCGGAGAACAAUAACCAAUGAGAGGACAGAAGAACAGGCCGCAGAGAUGCCACCAGACGACCUGACAACAUCUGACCUGCUGCAUCACUCCAUACCUGAGUACCGGCGGGACGGUGUUGUUGGACCCGCCAGCUCUCGUUCCCGCCUGACUCUGCUGCUUCAGUCCCCCAGCGCCAAAUUUCUCACCAGCCCGGAUUUCUUCACCGUACUGCAUUCCAACCCUAGUGCCUACCGCAUGUUUACAAGUAACACGUGUCUGAAACACAUGAUCAGUAAAGUGCGACGGGACGCGCAUCACUUCGAGCGCUACCAACACAACCGAGACCUGGUUGCCUUCCUCAACAUGUUCGCCAAUAAACAGCUGGAUCUGCCGCGGGGCUGGGAAAUGAAACACGACCAUACGGGAAAGCCUUUCUUCGUGGAUCACAACUGCAGGGCGACCACAUUCAUCGACCCACGGCUGCCGCUGCAGAGCGCCCGUCCCAGCAGCCUUCUCGCCCACCGCCAGCAUCUGAGCCGCCAGCGCAGCCACAGCGCAGGAGAGGUAGGCGACGAUCCUCGGCAUGCUGGACCCGCUGUACUGCCACGCCCCUCCAACACCUUCACAGCCAAUCGCAACCAGUGUCAAGACUUGGUUCCUGUUGCCUAUAAUGAAAAAAUAGUGGCAUUUCUGCGGCAGCCGAACAUAUUUGAUAUCCUUCAGGAGAGGCAGCCUGAGCUCAUUAGGAAUCACUCACUCAGGGAGAAGGUGCAGUUCAUUCGUAAUGAAGGAGCGUCAGGCUUGGCUCGUCUCUCCAGCGAUGCAGACCUGGUGAUUUUGCUCAGUUUGUUUGAAGAGGAAGUGAUGUCGUAUGUGCCACCUCAUGCCUUACUGCACCCCAGCUACUGCCAGUCACCACGAGGGUCUCCAGUCUCCUCUCCUCAAAACUCUCCAGGUACACAGAGAGCCAACGCUCGGGCCCCUGCACCCUACAAACGAGACUUUGAAGCCAAACUUCGAAAUUUCUAUCGCAAGCUUGAGACUAAAGGAUACGGACAGGGUCCUGGUAAAGUCAAGCUGAUAAUCCGCAGAGAUCAUCUACUGGAGGAUGCCUUCAAUCAGAUCAUGUGCUACUCUCGAAAAGAUCUCCAGAGAAGCAAACUCUACGUCAGCUUUGUUGGAGAAGAAGGAUUGGACUACAGUGGCCCGUCAAGAGAGUUUUUCUUUCUGGUGUCGAGGGAGCUCUUUAACCCUUAUUAUGGUUUGUUUGAGUAUUCAGCCAACGACACCUACACCGUUCAGAUCAGUCCCAUGUCUGCCUUCGUUGACAAUCAUCAUGAAUGGUUUCGCUUCAGCGGCCGUAUUCUAGGUCUCGCUCUUAUCCAUCAAUACCUACUGGAUGCCUUCUUCACACGACCCUUCUACAAAGGCCUGUUGAGAAUCCCGUGUGAUCUGAGUGAUCUGGAGUAUCUGGAUGAGGAGUUUCAUCAGAGUCUUCAGUGGAUGAAGGACAAUGACAUAGAAGAUAUGCUGGAUCUGACCUUCACAGUCAAUGAGGAGGUGUUCGGACAGAUCACAGAGCGCGAGCUGAAGCCUGGCGGUGCAAACAUCCCAGUGUCGGAGAAGAAUAAGAAGGAGUACAUCGAACGCAUGGUGAAGUGGCGUAUCGAGCGCGGCGUCGUCCAGCAGACCGAGAGUCUCGUACGGGGCUUUUAUGAGGUUGUAGAUGCGCGGCUGGUGUCUGUGUUUGAUGCACGAGAGCUGGAGCUGGUGAUCGCUGGGACAGCAGAGAUUGAUCUGGGAGACUGGAGGAACAACACUGAAUACAGAGGAGGUUAUCAUGAUAACCACAUCGUGAUCCGCUGGUUCUGGGCGGCAGUGGAGCGAUUCAACAAUGAGCAGAGACUCCGGUUACUCCAGUUUGUGACCGGGACGUCCAGUAUCCCGUAUGAGGGCUUUGCCUCGCUCAGGGGCAGCAAUGGGCCGCGGCGCUUCUGUGUGGAGAAAUGGGGGAAAAUCACAUCUCUGCCCAGGGCUCACACGUGUUUCAACCGGCUGGAUCUUCCCCCCUAUCCUUCAUUCUCCAUGCUCUACGAGAAGAUGCUGACGGCAGUGGAGGAGACCAGCACUUUCGGUUUGGAGUGAAUGUCGGUCAGAUUU